GGAGAGGCUGUGUAGCUGUCAUGGUUACCGGAUGAGGCCUAGCUGAGCUCUAAUCCCGCAGAGUUACUUGUCAGCCAGCAUGGGGGAGCAGUGCGGGGAAGUGCUGACUCUCCAGCUCGGACACUAUGCCAGCUUUGUGGGCACCCACUGGUGGAACUCACAGAAUACCACGUUUUCUAACCCUCUUGGCCGUAAUGUGGAGCCUGAGAUUUGCAGUAAAGUCCUGUUCAGACAUGGGGUAACACUGAAAGGAAUGGAUACCUACACCCCACGUCUCAUUAUCAUGGAUCUUAAAGGGAGUCUCAGUUCAUUGAGAGAAGAAGGGUAUUUAUACGAAGACAAAGACACGAGGAGCUCAACGCCAGCCUGGAGAGGGUGUCUAACUACACACUUAGAGGAUCCCCCUGUACAGAAGCCUUUUCUGGAAGAUAUAGGGAUGAAGCCACUGAGACAGAAGGGUGAAACAGUUUCAGAAAGCUGUGUAAGCGGUAUGUCAUCAGCCGUAGGUAGUGGACUGUCGACGCUUAGCUCCAUGAAGAGCCACAAUCUGGAGAAAAGUGUGAAUGUUUGGUCUGACUUUCUCCAAACAGACCUUCAUCCAAAAUCAGUGUGUGUCGUUAACCAAUACAACCAUGGAGGAGAAAUAGAGGGACUGGAAUCAUUCAGCCAAGGGCAGUCCAUUCUAAAAGACGCUUCUUACCUGGAAGAUAUUGAAGAUCGUUUGCAUUUCUUCAUAGAGGAAUGUGAUUAUUUACAGGGUUUCCAGUUGCUUUGUGAUCUACACGAUGGCUUCUCUGGACUUGGCGCCCAGAUGGCGGAGUUCUUGCAUGACGAGUACCCUGGACGUGGGAUACUUACCUGGGGCACUUGUCCUGUGCAGUCUGGAGAGAGAAAUAUGCAUAAGGCUAUGUUCCAGAUGAUGAACGUGAUCAUGGGACUCGUCAAGAUGUCCAGCCUGAGCACCCUGUUCUGUCCCCUUUCUCUGAAUUCCAGUUUAGGACGGAGACCAGGCCCACCAACCUCUUUCCCGCAUCUGUUGUACAAUCCAGCAUUACAGUAUCACAGCAGCUCCAUAUUGGCUAUCGCCCUGGACACAAUAACUGCUCCCUACAGAGUGCCAGCCUCUCACUUGUCCAUGCAAGACAUGGCCGAGUCCCUCAACUUCUGCGGAAGAAAGGUCGUUUCAGCAGCUGCAUCGCUCCCUUUCCCCAUUGAAGUUGGUUCCAGCCUUCCGGAUGCUCUUUCCUCUCACUUGGCUGCUGCUCCCUGGAGUUCUCUCUCACCAUGUGGUACCAGAGGCUCGGGUGGCAAGACAGAGUGUUUCUCCCAGUCCGUGGUUCUGCGAGGAAUCAGUAAGGACAAACAGAACAGUAAUCUCUCCUCUGGGAUUAGAUCGUCUUCUGCGUUAUAUUCACAAAGCACUGGGGAAGAUGUCUUGCAAUGUUACUUACAAGCUUUGUAUCCAGCUUACACUGUCAGCAUACCCCAUGUGUUCCAAGAUCCCUGCAGACUAGGACCAUCAUUUCCACAGUUCUUUUCUCCAGUGGUGACCAGAGAAGGAUUCACACAAAGCAUGCAAUGUGAACCGCCACAAGGUGUGGACUGUGUUCCAAUGUUCACUGCUCUCCAGACAUCCAAAAACCUGUACCACAUGCUGCGUGGUCUGUAUGAAGAAACACGGAAGGUGGAUGUCCGCCGUUUUUCCACCUUCUUCAGUUCUGGUGUAGAAAUGGAUGAUUUUGAAGAGGCCUUGCAGCAACUCAGGGAUCUCGCCCAGUGUUACAGUAGUGCAGACGAUGAAAUGGAGGAAGAUGAUUAAAUCAGGCACGUGUUUUCCUUACCGUGAGCUGUCUUACAGACACAAGGACAGAACUCAGUAACAUUAAUUUAAAUUUAAUGUCACAAGCACACAUCCUAAAACAAAUAAUACAUAUUUAUACAAGUUCUUAUCUACACAAGUCCAUCUCUCCAGCCUAAUCCUCAUCAGAUAUCUGCUCAGCCACUUCCUCUUCUUCAUCGGAGCUGGUAGCACAUGCUGCCAGGAAGAGAUUGACAAGCUCUCUGAAACGUUGACAGACCUGAGAAAAAGGAAUCCUAAAUUAAUAAACAUUCUCUCUUCUCCCUCCCGUCAUCAGUUUUACUACCCACAAACAAAUUCUGCUGUAACCAUGUGACUGUCAAAUUCAGCACAUUUGUAUAUUAUUAUAUAGUGUGUAUAUGUUCAAAUAUUGCGGUUUUAUAUACAUUGUACAAAUAUGAACAACUAAAGGCUUGUGUGUCUCUGAAGAGAGCCUAUGUAGAGAUGACAAUAUAUAAUAUUGCCAUGUUACAGAAAUGUAGUUUGUCAAUUCUGUGCUGCUUGC